AUGAGUAGCAUUGGAACUGGGUAUGAUCUUUCCGUUACCACUUUCUCUCCCGAUGGUCGCGUCUUCCAGAUUGAGUACGCCGCUAAAGCUGUCGACAACAGUGGAACUGUAGUUGGAAUCAAGUGCAAAGACGGGAUUGUAAUGGGUGUGGAGAAGCUUAUUGCGUCGAAGAUGAUGCUACCGGGUUCAAACCGAAGAAUCCACUCUGUUCAUCGUCAUGCUGGCAUGGCUGUUGCUGGACUAGCCGCUGAUGGAAGGCAGAUUGUUGCAAGGGGUAAAUCAGAAGCGAGAAGUUAUGAGAGUGUCUAUGGCGAAGCUGUACCUGUGAAGGAGCUUUCUGAACGUGUUGCGAGUUACGUACAUUUGUGUACCCUCUAUUGGUGGCUCAGGCCUUUUGGGUGUGGGGUCAUUCUUGGAGGCUAUGAUAGAGGCGGACCGCAAUUGUACAUGAUUGAGCCGUCAGGCAUAUCUUAUAGGUAUUUUGGUGCAGCAAUUGGGAAAGGAAAGCAAGCUGCUAAAACGGAAAUAGAGAAGUUGAAACUUUCUGAGAUGACAUGCAGAGAAGGCGUAAUUGAGGUGGCUAAAAUCAUCUACAAGCUACACGAUGAAGCGAAAGACAAAGCCUUUGAGUUGGAGAUGAGUUGGAUAUGUGAGGAGUCCAAACGAGAGCAUCAGAAGGUCCCGGAGGCUCUCUUAGAAGAAGCAAAGACAGCAGCGAAAACAGCACUCGAGGAGAUGGAUGCAGACUAA